AACUACCUUUGGCGCCUGGUGCAAUUUUACAGAGGCACAAAAACCAAGAGGAUAAUCUACUAAGAAAUUGUUAACUAGUACUGGGAGGCUGAUAUCAGCUUUUGACUCUUUUUGUACUUCACAAUAUAUAAAAGAAUGAAGACUUGACUGAGCAAAGAUAGAAGAAGAGAAAACGCUGACCACCACCACCAUCACAAUUCAAAGAGACCCUCUUUCACAUUUGAUGGGUGAAGAUUAAACCCCAAAGCUCUCCACCUUCAUACAGCCAUUUCAUUCUUUGUUGGGAGAAAUAUGGCUGCCUUAGCAACUGCUGAAGCUUGUGAUACGAAUGCAGCCCUUUUAGGCAGUGGAGAUUUGCGUGUUCUGCCACCAAUAUUCCAGAUAUACGGACAAUGCCGAGCAUUCUCAGGCCCCAUUGUCACACUUAAGGUAUUCGAGGACAAUGUUUUAGUAAGACAGCUUCUGGAAACCAGAGGUGAGGGAAGAGUUUUAGUUAUUGAUGGUGGAGGAAGCAUGAGAUGUGCUUUGGUUGGGGGGAAUUUGGGACAGUUGGCUCAAAACAUGGGAUGGGCUGGUAUUGUGGUAAAUGGCUGCAUCAGAGAUGUAGAUGAGAUAAACGGAUGUGAUAUUGGGGUGAGGGCUUUGGCAUCUCAUCCGGUGAAAUCAAGCAAAAAAGGCAUUGGCGAAAAGCAUAUUCCGAUCAACAUUGCAGGAACCUUGAUUCGUGAAGGCGAAUGGUUGUAUGCAGAUAGUGAUGGCAUCCUCAUCUCCACAUCUGAACUGUCUCUUUGAAUCAGCAUUGUUGCUUCACAUUUAAACUGUCAAACCAAUAAGAGCACUGAGUUCUGAAGUCAAUUGUAUUUGGAACUUGUUAUUUCACUUUUGUUAGCAUCUGUGUACGCAUUAAAUUUUCUUUAUGAACAAAAGAAUGUGUUAGUUUUUAUCA